AUGUCAUCCAGAACAACUCGCUCCUCCGCGAGACUUGCCACAGAUCCUCCCCCCGACGCUGACUCCGGUCCGGCUUCGACGCACGCCGCUGGCUCGGCCCCCUCCCGGAAACGCAAAGCUCCCGGUCGCCGGGAUCGACAAGCAGACACCCAGAACCAGCCACCGGCACCCUCUUCUCCCCGGCGAUCGAAAAGACAGAAGACCACAGCUUCUCAUUCAGCUGCACCUUCUGGUCCCACUGCCCCUGUCCCUCGUCGAUCAGCCGCCACUCGUGGUCGAACCGCGAUGUCACAGCCGGGACCAUCUUCUCGCCCCUCGGAGGAAUCAAAGUCAACUACAUCGCCGCCUCCGUCACGGCGGAGAUCUAACCGGAAUGAUCGCCUCGCCGCAACCCAGUCACCACCUCCGCGACGAUCGAAGAAGCGUGCCCCAAAGCCGAACCCUGAUUCAAUAAUGCGAGACGCGGAGGAGGAUCUGGAGGAGCAAGAAGCCAAAGAAGAACUGGAAGAAUCUCCACCCGGGGAAAGCAACGACGACACCAACCAUUCGGCAUUUGACGAUGAGGAUCUAGACCCAUUCUCGAGCAGCCUUUUUGGAGGCCGUGGACCGAUGGGUCUCCAGAGCACACUCCGUGCACUCAGCGGCAUCAUGUCGGGAAUGUCUAGUCGUCUUCGGGAUAUCCUCUGUAAUCUGAGAGCAAAGGAUGAUCCUUCUGUUCAACUGAUCGCUCUUCAGGAACUGUCGGACCUCUUGCUCGUUUCGAAUGAGGACAAUCUUUCCGGCCAGUUCUCUCCGGAUCCGUACGUCAAGGAAUUGGUUACCUUAAUGCAGCCCAAUCAGUUUGGCGAGGAGAAUCCUGAAAUAAUGCUCCUCGCCUGCCGCUGCCUCGCAAAUCUAAUGGAAGCUCUACGUGGCUCCGUCGCCAAUGUCGUGUAUGGUGGCGCUGUUCCCAUCCUCUGCCAAAAGCUAUUGGACAUUCAGUUCAUCGACCUGGCUGAACAAGCUCUUAGCACUUUGGCCAAAAUUUCCGUCGACUUUCCUGCUUCGAUUGUGCGGGAAGGAGGUCUUACAGCCUGCCUGACAUACCUUGACUUCUUCCCCACAAGCACUCAACGGACAGCUGUCACAACUGCAGCCAAUUGCUGUCGCAGUCUUCCUCAUGACUCUUUCCCUGUGGUGCAGGAUGUCAUGGGAACCUUGCUUAAUGUCCUUUCUAGCAAUGACCCCAAAGUCGUCGAACAGGGCUGCCUUUGCGUCUCCCGUAUUGUUGAGAGCUUCAAGCACCGACCCGCAAACCUGGAAGAGUUGAUUGAACCUGCCAUGCUCAAGGCUGUCCUUCGCCUCUUGCUGCCCGGCACUACAAAUCUGAUCGGCUCGCACAUCCACACACAAUUCCUUCGUGUACUCGCAAUCACAGCGAAGGUCAGCCCACGCUUGUCGAUUGAACUUCUCAAGAUGGAUGUCGUGGACACUCUCUACCAGAUUUUGACCGGCGUGUCGCCUCCUCAAGACGUGGACAGCACAGGCGUCAAGAUGGACAGUGUCUUGGUCAUGCAGGCAUUGAUCCACCGUCCUCGUGAGCAGGUCUUCGAAACUCUCAAUGUCAUCUGCGAAUUGCUACCGGGUGUCCCCAAUCGCGAAGCCUCCAAGACCGACAGCGUACUCAGCUUGUACUUUGACAACAGCAUGUCCAUCGGCCUCAAGUCGUCCAAGACCAAGGAUGCCCCGGAGGAGAGACGGGCGUUGCUAGACAAUUGCAAACCUGAACUGAAGCGCUUUGCCAUGAUCCUUUUCCCCACUUUGACUGAUGCGUACUCGAGCACGGUCAAUUUGCAUGUUCGCCAGAAGGUUCUGAUUGCGCAGCUAAAAAUGCUGCACAUUCUGGAGCCCAGCGUGAUCGAAGAUGCUUUGCGCACGGUUCCAUAUUCGUCGUUCCUCGCUUCUAUCCUGUCGCAAAAGGAUCACCCAUCACUCGUAUCGCUUGCUCUACGUUGCGCUGAACUUCUUUUCCAGCGUCUUGAACACGUUUAUCAGCAUCAAUUCCACCGAGAAGGCGUCAUCUCCGAGAUCGUGAAACUUGCUGAGGCUCCUCUGUCUGGUGAUCAGGAAGUCGCAACCCCGGCUGGUACGAAGAAGACCUCGACUGAGACCACUGUCAAUGCCGAUGCCGACUCCGAAGAUGCCCAAGCUAGCAACAGAAAGGACGACGAUGCCGAUGACAAUGAUGGGGAUGACUUUGAUGAUGAUGACGAGGAUGAGGACCAGGACGAUAACGAGGAUGAUUCUGAUUCGGACAGCUCUUCCAUCGAUGGUCGCCAGUCUCUUACCAAGACCGACAACGCCCUCAAUGAUCUUGUCAUUCGCGAUGCUCAGGCUUUCCUCAAGAUCUAUGAGGCGGGGCAAGGUGUUACCGUGCGUGCUGAGGCCGAAAAGAUUUUGACAGAGUUGCAAGAAUUGGCUGCCAAAAUCCGAGCCUUUUACUCCUCCGGCGAUGAGCAAGAGGGUGUCGCCCUCUUCCAAAGUCUGGCUGCUUACUUUGAUGGAGACGCACUCAAGAGUAUCACGAGCUCAGAGCUGCUCAACUCGGGCAUCAUCCAGGUGCUUCUAGACGUUCUCGCUGACUUCAAGGCUUCAUCCUCCAUUCGCCAUGCCAGAGCGGCCUUCUUACAAGCCUUCAUGGGCACGACAAUCUCUGAGAAAGCCCAGAGCCAGAGCACUGCGACCACUCCCUUCAGCGUACUGAUCAGAAAACUACAAGACUUGCUGAGUAGGACUGAGCAUUUCGAAGUGAUUACUGUCAGUCACAACUCGCUGGAGAAUACUCGCAGCAAUGCUACAUACAUGCUCGGGAAACAGCUUCGCCUCAGACUUGUUGCCGAGGAUGGCUCUGAGGUUCCUCGUCCUUACAAGAAUAUCAUGGUCUCGAUUCAUGCCAUCGCCACGUUCAAAGCCUUGGAUGACUUCCUUCAGCCCCGAAUUGCCAUGUCGGAGCGUCCCCGUCAGUCUCGUACCCGAGACUCGAUCCUCUCCCAGCUUGCUUCGUCGAACGCGCCCAGGCCACCGGGUGGUAGCCUCCCGACUCGUCCGGCAGCCACACAGGGCAAUACCAACGAUUCAGCAGGACAGCACCAUGAUCGUGGAACCGGAGGCAGUCACCGACACCGUGGCAUGCAUUUCCAGGAGGAAGAGGACGAGCACGAUGACGAGCCACUCGAGUGUGCUGACGAGCGGCAAUUGAGCGAAGACGAGGACGAGGAUGUCGACGAGGGCGAAGAGGAUGAGGAACUCAAUGCUAUCGUCGAUGACCUUGAGGACGACCUCGAAGACGACACUGUCCAGGAUCCUACAGCUGUCAACCUCGAGGUCGCCUCCUCGGGCAAGGUCACUGCUCGCAAGGAAGACGGUACUCGAAUUGGAACACCAUCCCAGUCCACCCCAGCAUCAAAACCUGCCUCAUCAGCCCCCAGCACCGCUUCAUCUCACCCCGCAGGCCACAGCUCAAUUGCAACUGCCGGGCGUCCAUUUUCCUCAUACGCUGCCGCGAUGGCAUCCGUGCCCCAAGACUGGCAUAUUGAGUUCUUUGUAGAUGGAAAGCCAAUUGCAAGUGACACUACUGUCUACCGUGCGGUCCACCACAACCGAGAGCAUGUAGAUGAGGCCAACCCUAAGAAUGUCUGGUCUGCCGUCCAUACUGUGACUUUCCGCCGUGUGCCAGGUCCGCCCCCGCCCGAGCCAUCAACUCUCGCCGCGAGUGGACAGGACUCUGCAUCAGAGGACGAGAGCAUGGAAAUGCCAGCGUCCCUCAACAAAGACGCUACCACAGCUUCAAUCCUGCGCCUGCUACGUGUCCUCCACGAAAUGAACGCGACCAUCGACGACAUCCUGACGGAGACUCGCGAUCACGCCCACAUUAAGCCCGAGUCUCUAUCCCAGUUCAUCAACACAAAGCUUACUGCCAAGGUGAACCGACAGCUCGAGGAACCGUUGAUCGUUGCGAGUAGCUGCCUUCCAAGCUGGAGUGAGGACCUAGCUCGGUUGUUUUCGUUCUUGUUCCCCUUCGAGACGCGACACUUGUUCUUGCAGUCUACCGCAUUCGGCUACUCGCGUGCUAUGAUGAGAUGGCACAACUCGCAAAGCACCGAGGAUAGCCGUCGUGACUUACGUCGUGACGAUCGGCCUUUCCUUGGUCGCCUCCAGCGACAAAAGGUUCGCAUUUCGCGUUCCCGCAUCCUAGACUCGGCGAUGAAGGUCAUGGAGCUUUACGGAUCGUCGCCCAGUGUACUCGAGGUGGAGUACUUUGAAGAAGUCGGAACUGGACUAGGCCCUACCCUCGAGUUCUACUCCACUGUCUCCAAGGAAUUCUCGAGAAAGAAGCUCAAGAUCUGGAGGGAAUCUGAUGCCACCUCGGGUGUUGAGUACGCCUUUGGCAAGCGUGGUCUAUUCCCUGCCCCAAUGAGUGAAGAACAGGCCACGCAGGAAUCCGGCAAGAAGCAAUUGAACCUUUUCAAAAUUCUUGGAAAGUUCGUUGCACGCUCCAUGCUUGAUUCGCGCAUCAUCGAUAUCUCCUUCAACCCAGCUUUCUUCCGGAUUGCUGACACACUCUCCUCCGUCGCGCCCUCGCUAGGCACCGUCAAGGCUGUCGAUGAAGACCUUGCCAAGUCUCUCAUCAUGUUGAAGCAGUUUGUCAAUGCCAAGGAUGCUAUCAAGAGUGACAAGUCCUUGUCCUCGCACCAAAAGGCAUCGGCCAUCGAGAACAUUCAGGUUGAUGGUGUUCGGGUCGAGGAUCUGAGCUUGGACUUCACCCUGCCCGGUUAUCCUGGUAUUGAACUGACCGCGGACGGGGCCAAUGUUCCACUCACCAUUGACAAUGUUGACCAGUAUGUGGACGGCAUCAUUGAAAUGACCCUUGGUAGCGGUGUUCGACGCCAAGUGGACGCUUUCCGGGCUGGCUUCUCCCAAGUCUUCCCAUUCUCGGCCCUCCGUGCAUUCACCCCCACCGAGCUUGUCAUGCUUUUCGGACGGGCCGAGGAGGACUGGUCGAUUGAAACACUUAUGGACUCCAUCAAGGCCGAUCAUGGUUUCAACAUGGAUAGCAAGAGCGUGCGCAACUUGCUUCACACCAUGUGUGACUUGGACCUCCAGCAGCGCCGCGACUUCCUCCAAUUUGUUACGGGUAGCCCGAAACUUCCCAUCGGCGGUUUCAAGAGCCUUACGCCUAUUUUUACGGUCGUGUGCCGCCCCAGCGAGCCCCCCUACACCCCGGACGACUACCUCCCAAGUGUCAUGACCUGCGUGAACUAUCUCAAGUUGCCCGACUACAGCAGCUUGGAUGUUCUCAAGGAGCGACUAUCGGUUGCCAUCAAGGAAGGACAAGGCGCAUUCCACCUCUCUUAG